AGCGCCCAGAAGCCUAAGAACAGAUCCACUGACCAAGUCCAUCCAUGCAAGAAUAGCAGUCGAGGUUUGACUGGCUGACGGUCCACUGGCUCAUCUUAGCCUAUGGUUUGAAAAAAGAUGAUGGAGGCCUACAAAGACACCGCUUCCGCAUAACCUUCAACGCUGCCUCUUGGUCUGAGACCAUCGGAAGACAGACAUCGUGCCUCUUCCUUUAAACAUUUGUCCGUUGUUGUCUUCUAGUGUCCAACGUGAAGCCUCUUCACUUUCCCAAACCCACCGCUUGCCGGCCUCAAGCGUCUGUUUUCGACCAUGGCGUCGCUGUUAUUCUACUUUUCCGCAACUGUGCUGUUUAGUCAGUCAACAGUUGCCUUCAACUGUUCGAAGCCUCCCAUCUAUGUCGACAUUCACAAGAGGGCCGUGCAUGGAACCGACCGCUUCCAGUAUGGAUCAUUCAUUGGUGUGGGUUCGCCAGCACAGAACCAGAGUCUCUGGCCCUCACUAUCACAAAACACCACUUCUUUUGCCUCGUCAUCGUACUGCAACAACAACACCACACUAAAGAACUGUUCAGUAUCGACUGGGGGUUUCUUCGAUGUAUCGCUUUCUACCUCAUUCCAAGAAAAUGGAAAGGAUUUCAAGUCAAAAGACACAGAAAGAAAUGGAACCUUCACUGGUAUCUAUGGUCAAGAUGAUAUGCACCUGUACACACACUACUUCGAAACCGACGGAGCAUCACAAACUCUCCUUUCCAAUGUCACUAUCGAGGUUGCCGAGAGUGGAGCCAUCACUCCAGGUAUUGUAGGCAUAGGUGCUUCAUCCAUUGUUCUCCAGGACCUCAUCGACAGGGAUGUGAUCGCUGGUCGAACAUACUCACUCUACAUCGGACAAGGCCAUGACCGUGCCGGAGGCGCUGUAAAUGGCAGCAACACGUUUGGAGGAUACGAUGCUGGCCGCUUUACAGGACCGGUGCACAAGUACUCGAUGAAGACUUCCAACCUGAAUCCCAUGACCGUUCGCGUCAAGGACAUCAUCAUUACCGACUCUAAGAACCCCGGCACCAACGUAUCUCUCUUCGAUCCCGCCAAAUUUCCUUCAAUGAAGUCUCGACCCGACACUUUCGAAGCUCAGAUCACCACUGACCAAUAUCCACUUUCCCUUCCUUACGAAAUUACUCAAAAUUUCAUGUCUCAACUCGGUGCCGAAAAGGAUAACACCUGGGGUGACAACUCUCUUAAACUCAAGAAUCCUUUCAGCGGCAGCCUUUCUAUUGUUCUCGACGACGGCUUUACAGUUACCAUUCCCCCAGAAGUCCUCGUGAAUGCAUCAAACAUCACGCCUAUCCAAGAUCGCGAUGAGAAGUCAACCGCCCCGUUCUACCUCUCUACUGCCUUCCUCAGCCAAGUAUACCUUAUGGCCGACUUCGACACAUACGUUUUCUACCUCGCCGAGGCAAUCCAGAAGAACAACGCUGUCAUGCCGCAAACAUUCUGCCCAAAAUCCACACCGACUGCCUACGAACGACCAAAGCAAUCCGCAUUUGUAGCGCAGGGAUUAAUCGGGGCCGUCAUUGGAGGUAUAUUCGGUGGCAUUGGUAUCGGCGUCGUUGCAUUCUGCUUCGUGAUGGCUAUGAGGAGAAGACGCGACGAGAAGAAGCUUGAGGAAAGGUUGGAGAAGGGGAAACAGGCGAAGAUUAUGCAAAUGGAGGUUGAAGAUGUACCGGAGUUCGAUCCACCACCAAAAAGCGCAACGCCUUUUUUUUGGAGAAAACGGUGAUUAUGGAUGAGAGUGGUUGAUGAGGGUGUUUUAAUUUCUUCGAGUUUAUAUCAUUAUACCCAGGGCUAGCUUUUCGACAGCUCGC